AUGAGGGGCGUCAGAGAUUGGAACGGAAAUUUCCAGUCGAUUUGUUGUCCUUUAGAGUACCUAAUGGAGUUAGCGGUCUACUAUCUGGGUGGCGACGCGCAUCUGUGGUGGCAGGCCACUGUGGGCCGGAGGGCAGUGUGGACUUCGGACGGAUUUCUUACGGAGUUCAACGCCAAGUACUUCCCUCGAGAGGUGCGGGAUCAUCUUCAACAGCGGUUCACGUUCUUAUCGCAGGGAGAGCUUUUGGUGCGGGAGUAUGAUCGAGAUUUUAGCAGACUGUUGGUGCAUGACGGCCGUGGCAUGGAGGAUGAGGAUCAGCUAAUGAACAGGUUCCUUGAGGGACUUCGUAUGAGUAUCAGGACACCAUGCAGAGGAGGCAGGUACACGACGAGGGCGGGCCUAGUGGACUUGGCAGCUUCGAUCGAGGGUGAUCAGCGUGAGUUGACUAGUCAACUAGCUGUGCCGUCUGCAGUUGCUCAUGCUAUCCAGCCUCGGAGUCAGCAGCAGCAGUGCAGAGGUGGUUCGAGUUUCAAUUCUCGUUCUGGUAGGGGCGGUUUGCCUGCGCAGAGCACCGAGGGGAGGGAUGCAGCACCAAGGGUGUGUUACUACUGCAAGGAGCCUGGGCAUAUCAAGCCCAUGUGUCCUAAGUUGCGGAGUAGUGUCGGUGGCUGUGGCGUCAGUUCAGCCAGUAGCGGCUCAGCCAGUGAGUCAGAUUGCAGCGGUGCAGCCGUUGGGUCAGAUUGCACCGGCACCGCGGGGUUAUUCUUCAGUGGUGCAGGCGGGACUAGUCAGACCGGGCAGAUCACAGGGACCUUGUUAGUGGGCGGUUUCGAGUCCCACGUGUUGUUUGACUCUGGAGCAUCGAAUUGCUUCAUUACACCGGAGCGUGCCGAGAAGAGUGGCAUCCGGAGUAGCGCGGGCGAGAGCGCGGGCAUGGUCAAGGUGGCGGGAGGUGGAUUCUUGUCUACUUUGGGCCGUGCUAGAGGAGUCGAUAUCGAGAUUGCGGGGCAGUCAAUGCCAGCAGACUUAGUCAUCAGUCCGGUGGAGCUAGGUAGAGUGGUCUUCGAGCGAGAUGCAGGGAGGUUGGUUUAUCAGGGAGUGAGACCGACUUCCGGGAGUAUUGUGAUAUCUGCUAUUCAGGCUGAGCAGUUGAUAGAGCGGGGCUGUGAGGCGUAUCUGGCGACGAUUUCUAUGUCUGAGUCAGGAGCUGGAGUUGUUAUGGGUGAUAUUGAGGUUGUCCAGGAUUUUGAGGAUGUCUUUCAGUCACUGAAGGGAUUACCACCAUCUCGGUCUGAUCCUUUCACGAUUGAGUUAGAGCCGGGGACAGCACCGAUAUCGAAGACGCCUUACAGGAUGGCGCCAGCUGAGUUGGCAGAGCUGAAGAAGCAGAUAGAGGACCUUUUGUCUAAGGGGUUCAUUCGACCGAGUGUUUCACCGUGGGGAGCACCGGUGUUGUUUGUGAAGAAGAAGGAUGGCAGUUUCAGACUUUGUAUCGAUUACAGAGGUCUUAACCGAGUCACUGUGAAGAACAGGUACCCACUCCCGAGGAUUGAUGAGUUGUUGGAUCAGUUGAGGGGUGCUACUUGGUUCUCCAAGAUUGACUUGGCAUCGGGGUAUCAUCAGAUCCCGAUAGAUGAGGCAGAUGUCAGGAAGACUGCUUUCAGGACGCGUUAUGGGCAUUUUGAGUUUGUGGUUAUGCCUUUCGGUUUGACUAACGCGCCGGCAGCCUUCAUGAGAUUGAUGAACGACGUGUUCAGGGAGUAUUUGGACGUGUUUGUCAUCAUUUUCAUUGAUGAUAUUCUGGUAUACUCGAGGAGUCAGGAGGAGCAUGCGACUCACUUGAGGUUGGUUCUGGAGAAGCUUCGGGAGCAGAAGCUUUUUGCUAAGUUGAGCAAGUGCAGUUUCUGGCAGCGAGAGAUGGGAUUUCUUGGCCACAUUGUUUCUGCAGAGGGAGUUUCUGUGGAUCCGGCUAAGAUUGAGGCUAUCAGAGAUUGGCCUAGACCUAGUAGUGCCACGAGAUCAGGAGUUUUCUGGGUUUGGCAGGAUACUACAGGAGCUGAGUGUGAGGAGAGCUUUAGUCAGCUCAAGGAGAUGUUGACUACUACACCAGUGUUGGCGUUACCCGAGCCAGGGAAGCCUUACAUGGUGUAUACAGAUGCUUCAGGCAUUGGUCUUGGUUGUGUGCUGAUGCAGGAGGGCAGAGUGAUAGCAUAUGCUUCGAGACAGUGGCAGGCAUACAGGUCUUCACAGGAUCACAAGAGUUUACAGCAUAUCUUCACUCAGCCGAUGAUGAACGCGAGACAGACGCGCUGGGUUGAGUUCUUGGCGGACUAUCAGGUGAGCAUUAACUACCAUCCGGGCAAGGCUAACCUAGUGGCGGACGCGUUGAGUAGACGGAGGUAUGAUUCCGCAGUUGAGCGAGAUGUGGAGUCUCUAGUUGGCGAGAUCAGUACCUUGCGUUUGUGUGCCAUUUCGCAGGAGCCUUUGGGUUUAGAGGCAGUGGAUCAGGCGGAUCUACUUAGCAGGAUCAGAGUUGCUCAGCAGAGUGAUCAGAGUUUGCUGGAUGCGACGAGAGUGACUGGUUCUGAGUAUGAGGUCUCUGCGAAUGGGACUAUCUUGGUUCGUGGGCGAGUUUGUGUGCCUAAGGAUGUGGAGUUGAGACAUCAGAUUUUGGGAGAGGCUCACGCGAGCAAGUUUUCCAUUCAUCAAGCGAAGAUGAUGUUAUCAUUGGGUCAGAUUGGGUUGCGAAGUGCAACACUUGUGCCUUGGUGA